AUGGUCACUACGGCUGUUAGCCGACCAAUUGCCGAGCCAAGGAAAAAACAGAAAAGAGCUAAUUGGAGAGAAGAUUUUUAUAGAAAUGGUCUUCCAAAAGAGGUUAUAGUGAUUGACGAUUCGCCGAACGCCACUCCCAAUCCCUCAUACAGUAUGUUUAUCUCACGUCAACAACAUCAGGAGUUCAAAGAAGCGAAAGGAAUGAAACGGGGGAGACGACCUUCGCCUCUUCCUCCACUUUCUCAUUCAAUGUAUAUUUCUACUAGUCAGUCAAGUUAUGGGUCUACUACUAAAAGUUCUCACAAUAAUCAGUCGUCGAAUGCUUUUGUGAGAAAGAGUCCUAGUGUCCAGUUAAUAAUGACGCGACAAGUGUCCGCGGCACAACGAGUACAACGUGAAAACCAUGUGUACAAUAAUAAUUCUUUUAAUCCUAGUAAACAACAACCUACACAAAUUCCUUCACAACUUUUACCGAAUAAUGUGAACAAGCGACGACGAAAGGUUGAUAUUUCACCACCACCAUCAUUAAUCAAGCAUGCGUACACAUCAACAUAUCAAAAAAAUCCACCUUUUACCGAUGUAACUAUUUUCCCUUCAACUUUCGCUACGAAUAAUCCCACUUAUAACGAUGCGACAACCUACUUCGCGUCAUCAUUUGCGGUAAAAAAUCCCACUUAUAGCGAUGCAUCAUUCUUUCCUUGCCCGACUUAUCGAUCUUACAUUUCAACAAGCUCACAUGCAUCUACGACAAAUAUUUAUCUAAAUAAUGAUGGUCACAAUUAUGAUUAUAAUUCAUUACAAUCAUAUUCCUCCGGCACCUCAUCUGGUAUACCACAGGCUCCUGUUUACGACGACAAAGACGGGCAUUAUAUUGUACACCCUGGGGACGAUCUUACUACUCGAUACAAAAUUAUACGAAUACUUGGGCAAGGUACUUUUGGAAAAGUUAUUCAAUGCUGGGAUCGUGCCUACAACACGCAUGUUGCAAUAAAAAUGAUCCGUGCAGUAGAAAAAUAUCGCGAUGCUGCCAAAAUAGAAAUAAGAGUUCUCAAUUGUAUAAAGCAAAAUGAUCCAUUUAACGUGCAUCAUUGCAUCCAUUUACGCGAUUACUUUGAUUUCCGUAAUCAUAUUUGCAUCGUCUUCGAUUUACUUGGGUCUUCACUAUAUGAUUUCUUGAAAAGCAAUGAAUUCAAUCCAUUCCCUAUGAAUCAGAUUCAAAAUAUAGCAAGACAGCUAUUGACCUCAGUAGAAUCCAAAGCGUUUUUAGUCUUGCAUAGCAUGCAUUUAAUUCAUACUGAUCUCAAGCCUGAGAAUAUUCUGCUGGACACUGACCACUACAGGAGUGUUCCAUCAAAAGGACAAGAUAAAGGCGUAAGGGAACUUUAUAACUCAGAUAUAAGAGUAAUUGAUUUCGGAAGUGCUACAUUCGAAGAAGAGUAUCAUUCUUCAGUCAUACAGACGAGACAUUAUCGCGCUCCCGAGGGAUUGGUUGGUCGUAUCCUUGCGAUCUCUGGUCCGUUGGCUGUAUCCUCAUUGAAUUAUUUACUGGCCAAACACCGACAGCCUCAAUCGAAAUUCUUUAGAAAUGGGAAACUAAAUUAUCCCAAUCAUGAGACAAGUCGUCAAAGUAAACAAUAUGUUAGAGAGACGUUGAGCUUGAGGGAAUUAAUUCAGCCUCAUACCUGUGCUUUCAACAGGCAGUUCUUUGACUUGGUGCUUGGAUUGCUUCAUUACGAUCCAGCCCAAAGACUUACUGCCCGAGAAGCCUUACGCCAUCUAUUCUUCUAUGCUCCAUAUGAUAAUGAUGGCAGACAACUCCGAUAUUAA